UUCGUACUCCACUGUCUGGCAGAUUUUCAUUUCUUUGAUUUCUUGUGGCUCGCAGUUUUCUGUUUUUCGACUUUUCAUCCUAGUUAGAACGCAGCGAUAGAUUUCAUAAUAUUUCAUUUCCUUCAAAAAUCUUACUCCGUAAACAUUUCUUCCUAAACUUUCUUCAACAGCGCGUGUUCUUCAAUCUGCCAGGAAACACUUGGCGUGCAGUUUCCUCGAGUGUUGUCACUGUUGUGGAUCCAGGCGGGCCACGCGCGUUUCAUACCUGUCUCCAGCCAGCACGCAGCAUAUUUCCGCUGACGGGGCCACUUUGCCAUUCCGGACGAUCGGUGGUGUUGAUUAUUUAUAAAUAAAUCUCCCCCACGUGAUGACAGCGUAGUCGUGUGGGCCGAUUAGCAUCUCAUCUGUAUCCCCGAGCAGAUUCGUGUUCAUUCACGUUUGUGGCGACAUUGGGGGUUCGUACCUGCGUGCCUUCGUGAAGUGUAAUGGGGGAUACGACAGCCUCCACCAGUAAGGUGCCGGAAUUCGCGCCCGGACUGACCGGGAAGCCGCAGACGGCCGGGGAGCGGGAUGGGGCCGCGGGGGUGCCCGCCUGGCCGACCGGGCCCAAGCACUACGAACUGAAGAACGUCAUUGGCAUGGGAGCUACGGCGCAGGUGUACGCGGCCAUGUGUGUGCCGCGCAAUCAGAAGUGUGCCAUUAAGCGUAUCAACCUGGAGAAGGUGUCGACGAACAUGGAGGAGCUGUGCAAGGAGAUCCAGGCCAUGUCGCUAUGCAACCACGAGAACGUGGUCACCUACCACACCUCCUUCGUCGUCGACGAGGAACUGUGGCUGGUCAUUAAGCUGCUGUCGGGCGGCUCGCUGCACGACAUCAUCAAGUACCGGCUGGAGAAUGAGGACUGCCGACACGGGGUCUUCGACGAAGUCACCAUCGCCACCGUCCUCAAGGAGGUGUUAAAAGGUCUAGAGUACUUCCACAAUAACGGCCAGAUCCACCGCGACAUCAAAGCCGGCAACAUCCUCCUGGGCGAGGACGGGUCGGUGCAGAUUGCGGAUUUCGGGGUCAGUGCCUUCAUCGCCAACUACGGCGGGGGAUUGCGGGAGAACUGCCGGCAUACGUUCGUGGGCACGCCGUGCUUCAUGGCACCCGAGGUGAUGGAGCAAGUGGUGGGGUAUGAUUAUAAAGCGGAUAUCUGGAGUUUCGGCAUUACCGCCAUUGAGCUGGCCACCGGACGGGCGCCGUAUCACAAAUUCCCGGCGAUGAAGGUCCUCAUGCUCACGCUGCAGAAUGAUCCGCCCACGUUGGACACGGCGGCGGAGAUUAAGGAGCAGUAUAAGCAUUACAGCAAGAAUUUCCGCAAAUUAAUAUCGGAUUGUCUGCAAAAAGACCCCAGUAAGCGUCCCACCGCCACGGAACUCCUCAAGCAUCCGUUCUUCAAGAAAUCCAAAGACCGCAAGUAUCUCAAGGAGACCCUGCUUGACCACGGGCCGGGCAUGUUCGUCAAGCCCUACGAUGACCACGCCGGAGGGGAGAAGGGUCAUCUGCACGGAAGUGGCCGUUUCUUCCGCACCACGAGCGGAGACUGGACCUUUUCGGAGGAUGACGAGUAUUUUCCUCCGCCCGGCGACGCGGUGGAUGGCGGGGAACUGGCCGCCAGUCCGCCGGGGCUGGGUGCGCUGGGCGAUCAUGCGGGAGCGGCGCUGACCAACGGGACGGCGGAUAGCAUAGCAUGGAAACCUGGACAGAUGAUUGGGCUGGUACUGCGGGUGCGCAAUCAGAACCGGGAGCUGAACGAUAUCCGCUUCGAGUACACCAUCGGGGUGGACAGUGCGGAGGCCAUUGCGUCGGAACUGGUCGGAGCUGGCUUAGUGGACAGUCGGGACGGUGAGCAGGUCACCGCCAAUCUGGAGCGCGCCAUCCGCGUGCCGACGCCCAACCACUCGGUGGUCUUCCCCUUGAGCUCCGGCGUCCUGCCCAGCGAAGUGGCCGACGAGGCCUCCUUACUGGGAUUCGCCCAGCUGACGGUGCUGGGCCUCUUCGCCCCGGCUGAGGACGGCGCCCCGCCCCCUGCCCCGCCCCCCAUGGAGUCCACGGUCUUGUAGAGACUGCACCGGCGACGACGCUUCCUUUCUAACUCUCUUCUCCAUCCGGUCCCCCACUUCGGGUCUAGUCUGGGCGGGGCUCUUCUCUCUCGCUCUCCCCUGCACGCGCGCGUUGUUGGAAGAAAAUAUUUUGGUUUUUUUUUUAAUUAAUAACAUUUAUUGGUUUUUUUGUUUGCUUGGCGAAAGAAAAUAAGGAGGGCGGUGUGAUUUUUGGGAGGGUUUCUUUUGCGGACCGGUUGCGGCGCUGUUUUUGGUUUUGUUUUUUCCUUGAUUAUCUAACGCUUGCUCAUUUGUGAUAAUUAAUCGUAACGGGAAUUUAUUAAUUGUGGCAGUUUGUGGCAUGGCGGAGUAGAUUAAAACCCUGUUAACACGCGGUA